AUGAUCAAGUUCAUUCUCGUCCAGAACAGGCAGGGCAAAACCCGUCUGUCAAAGUGGUAUGCGCCAUAUGAGGACGACGAGAAGGUCAGGCUACGCGGCGAGGUGCACCGUCUCAUCGCGCCCAGAGACCAGAAGUACCAGUCCAACUUUGUCGAGUUCCGCAACGACAAGAUCGUCUACCGCCGCUACGCUGGUCUCUUCUUCUGCGUCUGCGUCGACUCGAACGACAACGAGCUCGCGUACCUCGAGGCGAUCCACCUCUUUGUGGAAGUGCUUGACGCCUUCUUCCAGAACGUGUGUGAACUUGACCUCGUGUUCUCCUUCUACAAGGUGUAUGCCAUCCUCGACGAGGUGUUCCUCGCAGGCGAGAUCGAGGAGACGUCAAAGACAGUCGUCCUCGAACGACUCGACUACCUUGAAAAGCUCGAGUAA